UUUUAUAUGGCCGGUUAGGGCCCUCCUCGCUGUUCCAAGUAUCGAAAAUUUUUGAAGGCAGCCGAACGAACCCAGCCCCUUUUUUUUUAGCCUUCUAUCUCACGAUCUUCGCUCUGCUUCGAAUCUAGGGUCCACACUGCACUCUUUUCUUCCAGCAUAGUUGCUCUAUCAUGAGGAGGUACAGUCCGCCCUACUAUAGCCCUCCAAGGAGGGGAUAUACUGGAAGGGGAAGAAGCCCACCAAGAAGGGGAUAUGGUGGGUACAGUGGCCGCAAGGAACAGAACAACAGGAGUCUUUUGGUCCGCAACAUUCCCCUAAAUUGCAGACCGGAGGACCUUCGUGCUUCAUUUGAAAGAUUUGGGCCAGUCAGGGAUGUUUACUUGCCCAAGGACUAUUAUUCUGGGAUGCCCCGAGGAUUCGGAUUUGUGGAGUUUGUUGACCCUUAUGAUGCAUCAGAAGCCCAGUAUCACAUGAACCGACAAAUAUUUGGUGGUAGGGAGAUAACUGUAGUUCUUGCUGCAGAAUCGAGGAAAAGGCCUGAGGAAAUGCGUACUAGAGCUAGGCCUAGAGGGCCUUCUGGUUAUGAUGGUCGCCGUUCUUCUUAUUAUGGACGCUCGCGCUCUCGUUCAGUGUCUCGUUCACGCUCUCCUCGCUACUCAUAUAGGGUUAGACAGCGGUCACGAUCGUACUCACCUGCCCCGAGAUACCGAGGUGAUCAAUCUGUUUCCCCAAGGAGAAGGCAAUCAGGUCAUACAAGAUCCCCAAGAGAGAAUCCACCACGAUGUGAUGAGGACCGAAGUCGGAGAUCACACUCUCCAAGUCAGAAUGAUGCUAACCAUAAUCAAGCUGACAACAGGCGUGAUGAAAGGGAUUCAUAUGAUGCUGAGGAGGGAUCACAUUCCCGUUGGAGAUCACCGAGACAAACCUCAGGUUCACCACCUGGAUCACGUUCAAGAUCUGCUGAUUCAUCCCCCAGGCGUAGCAGUUGAUGAGCAAGUUACUGGAAGUAUAGGCAAGUAUGAAUUUUUUUGGUUUGCUAUUAGAGUUCUGUGCAUCUGAAUGACUGUACCUUGCCCUGUUUGCUGUAUCUUGCAGUGCUUGGGUUGCUGUUUCUCAUUUUGCCUUUUUGGUUGUCAUGAUAUACGUUUCUAGGAGUGUUGAUUAGUGUUUUGGUUGCAUGGACAAAUGCUUGUGUAGCUUAACUUAUAAGCAGGAUGUUAUGGAAGAUAUGCUUUUAAACACC